AGGCAUUACGAGGGAAUGGUUUAUCGGUUGAUGAUGAAAGUGGUGAUGAUUUAUACUUGUGGGAAUAUAUGAUCCUCAACGAGGUUAGUUAGUACUAUAUUUAGAACUCGUUUAAUUGAGACUUUGUUGACAUUCCUUUUAUUUUGCAUUCUCUUUAAUAAUAUGAAGGUAUUCUGUUUAAGCUAUACUAAUUUGCUGUCAUCUGAAUACAUCCAAGUGUGUGACAUUUCUUUGCUUGUCAAAGGAACGGUGGGCUCUCUUCCACUUCUGCCAACCCAAUCUACUUGGCAAUGGUUUAGGGACAAAUGUGAGGAUGCCAUACUUUGUGGCUUCAAGAAUGCAUCUGACCGAGAGAAGCAUAUUGGUUCGAAAGUUGGUAAGCGACUUGUUUGAGGAGGUUAGCACAUGAAGACAAGUCAGAAGCGGAAACAGCCACCACCCUAGAGGGUCUAAAGAGGUGAUACUGAUGGACAAGAGAAUCUGCCUGACAGAUUUUUUUGUUUCGUACUAGAUGGUAAGUAAGGAUUAGCUAUUCUAAUUCUAUUCAUGCCUAAUAUUCUAAGUUCAGAGUUUACUAUGGAAAUUGAAUGUUUGUUAUUAUCUUACAGUUGCAUGGUGAGAGGUAAGUUAAGCUAGCCUGUAACGCUAUAACCAUCUUAGGGAACCCUCAAUCUUUAGUCAGAUCCAUGUAACCUUCUUCGCAGAGUUUAGUUUUGCAUUUCAUUUUACUGCACAACGGGUUUAUCCUUACCCAGGCUACUGCUUACGUUUUUAUUUCAGUGGUAUCAAGGUCUCAAGGUAUCUCAAUUCUCACUUAGUUGUGUUCCUUAUUUAGUAUUCCACAUUUCCAUGCGUUCCCACUUAGCUUUGUACAUCACGCAUCAUGUUCAUUCCUUCACAGAUAACUGCAAGAACAUGGCGGAAGCGGAGGGAUUAAGAUCGGUGGAAAAGGGACAGAGGGAGAAGCAGAUCCACUUACCUGCUGGGAUUGGGAUUAAUUGGUUGAACUGGUCUUUGUAUCGACAUAAUUUGUUUUUAAAAUAUUUGAAUUGUUUGUUUUAUUUUUAUUAUUAGAUUUAUGGCUAAAACAUUUUAAAUUUAUUCCUUUGUCGUAUGAUUUUGGUAGGAAAUUAUGUAUUGUGACCGUUGGAAACUUUGGCAAUAAAUAAAUUGG